GCGGCGGUGACGACACCCGAGCGGCCAUGAAGGGCGGGUCGAGCUCGCGCAGGCGCCGGGCGGAGGAGCGCAGCUCGGCAGCGGGGACCGAGGAGCGCGGCUGCCCGAGGGAGGCGGCAGGCGGCAUGGGCGCGGGUCCGGUGCUGGCCGCGCUGCUGCUGGCCGGCUCGGUGCUGAGUGCCACGCUGCUGGCCCCGGGCCGCGGGAGGGAGCCAGAUGUAGAUGAGAAGAGGAAUGUGGAGCUGAAGAUGGAUCAGGCUUUGCUUCUCAUCCACAAUGAACUGUUGGGAACAAGCCUUACUGUAUACUGGAAAUCUGAAUGGUGUUACCAAUGUGCCUUCCAGCCUCUGACAAACGUCUCUCACAGUGGCAAGCCUGCAAAGCGGAGCGUGGCAGCCGUCUCCGUGAGCACUCAGCACGGGUCCAUCCUGCAAGUUAAUUAUACCGGGGGAGAGACGGCAGCCUGCAGGCUGGAAUACAAGUUUGGAGAAUUUGGAAACUAUUCCCUUACGGUACAGCAUGCUGCCACUGGAGCCAAUGAAAUUGCCUGUGACCUAGUUGUUAAUGAGAAUCCAGUCGACAGUAACCUUCCUGUAAGUAUCGCUUUCCUUGUUGGUCUGGCAAUCAUCAUCGCGAUAUCUUUCCUGAGGCUCCUGCUGAGUUUGGAUGACUUCAGUAAUUGGAUUUCUAAGGCAAUAACUUCUCGAGAAACUGACCGCCUCAUCAAUUCUGAGCUAGGAUCCCCCAGCAGAGCAGACCCUCUCAGUGGUGACUGCCAGCCAGAAACACGCCGCACAUCUGCCUUGCCACACCGUCUCCGAUGUGUGGACACAUUUAGGGGGAUAGCUCUCAUUGUCAUGGUCUUCGUUAAUUAUGGAGGAGGGAAAUAUUGGUACUUCAAACAUUCAAGUUGGAAUGGACUGACUGUGGCCGACCUUGUCUUCCCAUGGUUUGUAUUUAUUAUGGGAACUUCAACUUUCUUGUCAAUGACCUCUAUCCUACAACGAGGAUCUUCAAAAAUCAGACUUCUGGGGAAAAUUGCAUGGAGAAGUCUCCUGCUAAUCUGUAUAGGAAUUAUCAUUGUCAACCCCAACUAUUGCCUUGGUCCAUUGUCUUGGGAUAAGGUGCGGAUCCCUGGUGUCCUGCAGCGGUUGGGAGUGACGUACUUUGUGGUUGCUGUGGUGGAGCUCAUCUUCUCAAAGCCUGUCCCUGACAGUUGUACCUUGGAGAGAAGCUGCCUUUCUCUUCGAGACAUCACUUCCAGUUGGCCCCAGUGGCUUGUCAUUUUGAUGCUGGAAAGCAUUUGGCUGGCUCUGACAUUCUUUUUACCUGUCCCUGGGUGCCCUACCGGCUACCUUGGCCCUGGCGGUAUUGGGGACUUGGGGAAGUACCCUCAUUGUACUGGAGGAGCCGCUGGCUACAUCGACCGCCUGCUUCUGGGAGACAGUCAUCUGUACCAGCACCCGUCCUCUGCUGUCCUCUAUCGCACCGAGGUGGCCUACGACCCGGAAGGAAUCUUAGGGACUAUCAACUCCAUUGUGAUGGCAUUUUUAGGAGUCCAGGCAGGAAAAAUACUGCUGUAUUACAAGGAUCAGACGAAAGCCAUCCUGACGAGAUUCGCCGCCUGGUGCUGCAUCCUUGGGCUUAUUUCUGCUGCCUUGACAAAAAUGUCUGCAAAUGAAGGCUUUAUUCCAAUAAACAAAAAUCUCUGGUCCAUCUCCUACGUCACCACGCUGAGCUGCUUUGCCUUCUUCAUCCUGCUGGUCCUCUACCCAGUUGUGGAUGUGAAGGGGCUGUGGACGGGAACCCCGUUCUUCUAUCCCGGGAUGAAUUCCAUUCUGGUGUACGUUGGUCACGAGGUGUUUGAGAACUACUUCCCUUUCCGGUGGAAGCUGCGGGAUGACCAGUCACACAAAGAACAUCUGAUUCAGAACAUAGUGGCCACUGCUCUCUGGGUGCUCAUCUCCUACGUUCUCUAUAAAAAGAAGAUAUUUUGGAAAAUCUGACGGCAUUCACUCACUGGAACAUGUUGCUGGAGGAGCCAGCGGCCCUGUCAGGAGGAUGAAAACAUUCUUUAUUAAAGGGAUCCUCCCUCACAAAAGGGAUGUACUUCCGGAUGCUGUGUCCAAGCUGAUUUGCUUAGACAUCAGAAAGCUGCCUAUAUAUUUUUUACUUACAUAUUUGAGAUGUUAUGCCCUCCAUUUUCUAUGAAAUUGAUAUAUUUGGAACAUGUGUAGAAAUCUCCUUGAAAUUCUCAGAGGGGAUUUUCUAUGGACAAUUUGCCUCUAAUGGAGGCCAAGGUCGGUGGGCUGGUUUGACUCAGAGGUAUAGAGUGUCUUCCUAGCUUGGACAGUUUGGUUCCUGCUACCACAAACAAGCAAACAACAAGAACACAAGAAAACCCCCAAAUAAUUGAGGGACCGAUUCUCAUUUCCUGAAACCGGCCUCCCAUGUGUCUAUGGUGCCGACAACAAAUGCCAUGCUUUCUGUUGUUAGGCUUCUAGAAAGCUUUUUUAGUGAACUGUGUCAUAAUGCUGUCUUUUCUUCUUUACAGCAUGCACUUUAAUGUUUCUAGAAAGCCAAAGUAAAUUUUUUCCCGAUGUUCAGGGCUUUGAUGGCCCCACAAAAUGUGUUUUCCAAAGCUACUGGCUUCCUCCCCCUCACCCCCCCACCCGGAAAAAACCUGAAGUAUCGGUUUAUUAUUGUCAGCUCCUCUACCUGUCCACCCACCUUACUAGUUCCUGCUGUCUGUCUGUCUGCCUGUCUGCACCUCGGCAUCUCCAGGCACUCAGAGAUGGAGCCAUGGAAGGAAGAGCAUCUGUUCCUGCUGUGGGUCCUCUGAACCCCCUCCCAUGGAAGGUACAGGCCAGUCCCCUGACCUGUCAUCUGUGGAAGCAAAGAGAUGGGGUGCUCCGACAAGUCUCCCAUGCUUAGAUGUGAUGUGGUGGGGUCUGUCAGUAGCUUCUCUGAAAUCCCCACGGUAAUCUUACAGAAAAGCCUGGAAAAGGAAUAACAAGACCUUUUACCGCCCCGUCGUCGGAGCGAGUCUUAGCAGUGGCUGUCCACAGUUUCCUAGCAGCGAGGGUUAUAAUUGUGAAAACGGCCCUUGCGUGUGGUCCUUGUAAUUUCCUCUUGGGGAUUUUCCCGAGUAUUCUCAUUCAAGGAGGAUCAUGAUGGGGUUGUACUUUAGACCACUCUUCUGUGGUGACCUGGGGACAUUUCAGUGACUGCUCGUGCCUUUGCGGCUUUUGAGUGCCCCACCCCUUCUACAUUCCCAUUUUAAAAAUACACAUUUUCUCAUCGCUACGUCUCAGUUCUGCCCCUCUUCCACCUCUGCCUGCCUCAUUCUCCUGUUACGACCCUGGGCUAGUCGAGAAGCCUGCCUCCUCCUGUGACUGGUCCACUGCCUCCAGAUUAAACUCGAUAAAGCAGGAGCUGAAUCAAACCACCAUCUUGUCCAGUAGACUGUGCCUGGGCCAUCUCGGCCUGGUACGACCUCUUCAUCUGAUCCCAGCACCCUGCGGUGUUUUCCCACCUUCACAGCCUGCUUGUGGUGGCCCAUCGGCGGCCCUCCCUCCCUCCCUUCCUCCCUCCCACCCUCCUUUCCUCCUUCCCUCCCGGUUCUCAUCUUCCUCUUCAUUUUUCCCCUGACCUGGACUCGAUCUAUCAUUUAAAAUGCCCCAUUGCUGGUAUCUUCUUCAGCGUUUUCAAAUAUUGAUGUUCAUCUUAUUGGCAUUAAUGGCUUCUGCCUUUGUGAUGGUUAUUUUCUGUGAUAUUGUGAUAUUAAUGGCAAGAAUGGCACAUUCUUCUGCAUCUUCUGCACCAAAUGCACUGCCUUGUGCUAAGCAAGUCUAAAUAAACAUUUAUUAAA